AUUAUCAGUUAUGUCUUCCAGGGUCAUCUGAAGAGAAUUUGAUUUGUUUGAAACAAGAUUACUUUACAUUUGGGCUGCACAAGUCUCUUGAGACUUAGUGGUCAUCUUUCAUUUUCCAUUUUUUUUUUUGAAACUUAGAUGAUAUUUACUAAAUGAAGAUAUUUAUUGUUAGAUCUUAUAGACAAACAACAUAAUGAGUAGCCUGUAAGGGUGAGAAAAGGCUAUAAAUAAAAAAAUCUUCAUUGUCAACCAGUAACUGGGCAGUGACAGCGUAGCUGAUAAUGACAAGUCCAUUAAUGCAGAAAAAAGCCAGUGCAAGAUCAUAUCAUAAAGAUGAAGAUUUGUUUUAAUUUUAUUUUUUAUUUUUUUAUUUUGUAGGUAAAUUUGAGCCACUACACAAUUUGCGUUCAUAAGUAGAUGAAAGAUCUAGGCAUUAAAUAGAGAGCUCAAUCACAAAAAACAGAAAUAAUGAGCAAAAAACGUACCUCAGCAGCUUAUGUGAUACUAGUGAAGCUAGUACAUCCUGCAAGUAACAAUCAGUACUCUUUUUUAUUUAUUCUAUUUAAAGUAAUAUUCAAGUUGGCCAAAUCAGAAAAGGACUAUUGGGCCUGGAGUUGUUCUGUUUUCUUUUCAACAAGCUGGAUAUGAAAGGCUUUUGACCACACAACUAUGAGAGCAUAAAACAUAAGCAUUGAAUGAUUGUAGAGUAGGAUGUCAAUAGCAUGUGAUUUCUCAAGGACCAUUGCAGUCACUAGACCCCAUCUAUUUAAUUGCUUCUUUACUCUUCAACUUUGAUUUUUUAAAAGAUAUAUCCCAUCAAGGAUCUUGAAUGUGUAUAUAUACACAUAAGAUUGGGGUUACUAGCACAUCAAUUUAUAACAUUCUCAAGUAUAUUCAGUUUUCCUGGCAAACCCUUUGAGAACUCUUUUCUUUCUUCUUCCUUUAUAUACAAAAUGGGAUUCAGAUUUCCAAGCAUUGUUCAUGCCAAGAAGCUGAUUCAGAGACCUUUUUCAAGUUCAAAAGAUGUUCCAAAAGGGUAUUUGGCUGUUUAUGUUGGGAAAAACAGAAUGAAGAGAUUUGUGAUCCCUGUGACAUAUUUAAACCAACCUUCAUUCCAAGACUUGCUGAGUCAAGCUGAAGAGGAAUUCGGAUUCGAUCAUCCAAUGGGAGCUCUUACAAUUCCUUGCGCGGAAGAUGCCUUCAUCGAUCUUAUUUCUCGAAUGAAUGCCUAAAGAUUGGCAUACACACUGAUUAUUGACAAUCUCUAACAAAAAUGAUUGUUGCAAACUUGCAAUUUUUAAGGCGAACAAUGCCUUUACCAUGUAUAUAUUUUUCCUUGGGGAUCAACAUAAAAAAGUUGUCCCUAAGAUGGAAAUAAAUGAAUACCAUUCCAAAACUUUUACUAC